AUGAAGAAGAACAUUCUCACUAAGGUCAAGAGGCGCACAUCCAAAGGCAGCCCCAGGGACAGGGCUGGGAAAGCCAGCAGCACCAGCGUCCUCGGCACAUGCCAGCAGGUGUUGGCUGAAGCAACAGCACUCUUAAAAGCUAAAAUUUCUUUCAGUGUUAAUCCUGUGACUAGGACUGCCAUCGACCUGUUGACUACUCUACACUGGGCCUGUGCCAACGGCCACGCGGAAUUAGUAACACUUCUGGCAGACAGAAAUUGUCAGCUUGACAUCCACGACAGUGAAAACAGGACACCUCCAAUGAAGGCUCUACAAUGCUGGAGAGAGGCUUGUGCAAAUAUUCUGGUAGAUUCUGGUCCCAAUGUGAAUAUUGUAGAUGUGUAUGGCAACACGGCUCUCCAUUAUGCUGUUUAUAGUGAGAAUCUGUCAAUGGUGGCGAAACUGCUGUCCCGUGGUGCAGACAUCGAAGUGAAAAACAAGGCUGGCCUCACACCACUUUUACUGGCCAUAACAAAAAGAAGUGAGGAAAUUGUGGAAUUUUUAGUGACAAAAAAUGCAAAUGCAAAUGCAGUUGGUAAGUGUAAAUGCAUUCAUCAACAACUUUUGGAAUAUAAACAAAAGAUAACUAAAAAUCCUCAAAAUAGCAAUCCAGGGAAGACUUCUGAUAGUAAACUACUCUUGGUGGUGCUACCAUAA